CCCACCAAUCCAAGUCAACUGAUUCCUCCACAUCAAAUACAAAUAUGCAUGAUAUCUCACUAUCAUUUUUCUUCUUUACACUAUCUUCUAGACGAUAUGGGAGGUUCAAUGGGCUUUCUCGGAAAAGGGGUACCACCGACGCAGAUGAUGAACAUGGUUAUGGGUUCACUCUACAAACAAUUCACCAAAAAGGCUAUCAACAACUUCGACGAUUUCCACGUGGCUGUUUUAGACAUCUUCAACAACUUCAACUCGGCUUUACCAGGCCGACACUUUGAUUUCCCGACCCCUGACGAAAUAAAGGCUUGUUUCACGCGAUGGAAGGAAGCCAAAGACGAGGAAGAGAAGAAGAAAGUGUUCACAGAGUUCAUUGCAAAGAAAGUGAAGCCAAGUAAACUCGAUGACGUCACCAUGAUGACCGGAAUAGCAUCACCUCCGGCGGCUAUGGCGGCUAAGAGAGCAGGAGAGAAUGUUCCUCAGCUAAAGUUCAUCAAACUUAUACCUGAUGUUAUAUUCGUCCCUACGGUCACCAUUUUGGCCAUUGUCUCUGCCAAACUCUCAAGGAGAAUGUAUUUGAAAUAAUGUUUUUAAUUUAAAACAUUCCAAGGUUGAAGCAAAGCUCCAAAGUUAGAAUA